GGGCAGCCUGCGGCGGGGACGCGCUGUCGGUGCGGGACCGCGGGAGCCGGUGGCCCCGCCAGCGGAGCCGGUUAAUCACCGCGUCGUUCCCCUCCCACUGAGCUGCUCCGCGGAGCACUGAGGCGAUCGUUGGCGCGUGGCGUGAGCUGCCCUCAGAGUAUCGGAGGGACAGACUGCUGGCUGGGUCCUUGCUGCACCACAGGUUUUUUCAGCUGCACGUGCUACCUACAUGCACUUUGUCUUUGAAGGAGACGAGAGCACGGAAAUCCCAUUUUUCAUGCUCCCCAGCUGCACGGGCAGUAUUACAGUUCCACCUGUGCUGGCAGGGUUUUCCUGUUUUAGAAGAUUAAUUUUGUUGAGUAACUCCAAGUUCCUCUAAAAGAAACAAUUUUCCUUUCCUGUAUGGCAAGACAGAUUGCAAUCUUCUGAGGCUAUAAACUUGUUUAUGUCUAACAGUCAAGCAUUCAAAGGUACCUAAGUGCUUGAGAUUCAGUUCCCUUGCAUGGAUGUUAAUUCGAGCGGCUGCUGUGACUUCUAUUACCUCUUUUAGAGGUUGUUGUCCUUGAAACCAGUGCUCCAUCCAGUGACAAGUUUGCUUCUUGUUCUCGUUAUUUCUUUCCAAGUCACAAAACCUGCUCUCUGUAUACUGAACAGCUGCUCUGGGUGACUUCAAUACUUACGUUCUGCAAGUGAGCAAAUGUGGUUUCUAACACAGCUGCCCAGUGUUGACGGCCCCAAGCAGUCAUGCAGUUUUCACUCAUUUUCUCCCCAGCCCCAUUCAGCCCAUUGAGCAGUCAGCACUUCUCCCUCACACCGUUAGCUUACUCUGGUCUAGUUCCAAACACCAGGGGAAAUGUCCUUCCUACCGAAUUUUGCUUCUGACAAAUCUUUUCAUUUGUGUCCUGCGUUAAACUGCCAUUUAUUACCUUGCUGUGGAGGACAUUUGAACGUGGCUUGCUCAGGGAGCUCUUGCCUGCACUUGUGCUCUUUUUCUUUUUUUCUUAUUGGGCCCCUUUUGGGUUACUUGCCCCUUCUGCAUUGUUUUGCCAGGGUUGAAUGUUGGUGUUUUGGCCAUUGUGUACCACCUGUGCCCAAGAGCUGGAGCAGGCAGCCUGACUGCGGCUGUGCUGGGGCAGUGGGGGCCUACGGUGUUGAAUCCUUUGGCCCCAAAACAGGCAGACACCUGCAACUGUGGGGCUGGGGGGGUUGUGUACGAUAAGCCUGUUCUCUGAAGCACAUCACUAUGACCCGUGAACUAGAAAGGAGGCUUCCCACGUGGUGCGAGCCCAAGCUCUGCAGCCAGGCUUGGUCUCUUAGGCUGUGGUCUACCCUGCUGCAGUAACACAUGGCGUACUUGGGGAAGUCAUAUUUUCAUCACCUCUAAAAUACCAACAAGUAAGUAUAGGUGCCAUGAGUGGAUGUGCUGCUACUUCCUCUGUUCUGGGGCAGCUUGUUACUUACGGGGGUGCAAGAAAGGGAAGGCCUCUUCCUAGCUGGAAAUAGCCAAGGUCUCAAAAUACCAGAGCCUAUGUGGUGGUAAGUGAAUGUGGAGCCUAGAAACCUUGGGAUGGGAAGAGUACAGAGAGGUAAGAGACAAAAAGGAAAAAAAAUGAAAGAUACUAUAUAUCACUUAAAAAUGAAUAGGAUUAAAGGGGCGCAGUGUGUCAUCUCAAAUGAAUAGGAGAAGGGAGUUUGUGAGGCACACUGAGAUUUUUGAACUUGUUUCUAGUUUAAGCACGCUGUAUAAAGAUAUGUGUUCAUAUACCUCUCAUAUGACUUGUUUUGAAGGCUAGUAAGGUUUUCCAUGAAUAAAAGUCUUUGUUCCUUUCUCUGACCUGUCAUACUCUAUCUUCCAAAAUAGCAAGGGUUUAGCAGCGACAAUAAGAAGACAUUUGAGCUGGUGUCCUGAUUGCAUCCCAGCACCCAGAACCAACGCAUCCAUCAGUGAUUAAUAAAAGCUGCAAGACAUGAGCAACUUGCUCUGCUUGUGCCAAGGCCACGGGAGGUGUCAGGACAGCAGGAUGAGAUGGUGUCCCUUUGCAUUUAAAGCAGAUUACAUCAAGCCCAGACAGAGCAUUAUUGCUUUGAAUCUACCUUCUGAUCACAAAAGAAAAUCAUUCCUAACAAGGAUUGGGUAACACUGCUAAAGAGAUCUGAUUUUUGUCUGCUUAUUUCACUAUGUCUAGGUGGAAUUUUGGACACAAACCAGACUUUUGUGUGGUUUUUUUUGCCAUGUACUUUGUCUCCUGCAGUGUUAAGGGGUUAGAUUAAAGGAUGUCAGCUCAGCUAGAGAGUAUUUUUGAUCAGAUAUAACAGAAGUCGUUUGAUACCAGGUUGUAAGAGUAACGCUGACCAAAACUGGAAAAAUAGCUUGACAAUUGAGAGGCUUCUGCCAAAUACCUUAGAAAAGGUCACACUCAGCCAGCUGCUUUGGACUAAUACUAUGGAAAGAAAUUGAGCUAAGCUAGUUCUUUAAUAGAAAUCCCCUUAAUAUCAUUACAAUAUGCAUCAGAUAGGAAAAACUGCAAGGAAAAGAGCAAAUUUGAAACUCUGGAAAAGCAUGGUCAGCUAGAUGGAAAGGAUAUAAGCAGAUGGGAUGAAUUGGAGUGGGCAAAACGUACAGAACCUGGCCUGUGCUGAGCACGUAUUGGUUUGGAAAGAUGGUUCAGCUCUGCUGGAUCGCUCACAUCUGUAAGGUUGUGUGUGAGGGUGUGGAAUUGAUCAAUUUAGACCCAGAGUGGGAAGCAGAUUGUUUUUCCUGUGCGUUGCAAAGGCAGAUUGAUAAUUAGGGUUUCCAGUAUCUCCGUAUCUGUCAAAGAACCUGAAUUAAGCAACCGCAGUAAUGCAGAACUGGCAAUAAAUGCGUUACGCAAGCGCUCAUUCCUAGUGCCUGACUCCAGUAGCCUUAAUUCUAAUCCUAAUGUAUUUGUUUGCUAUCAGUUGCUAAGUGCAAAGCACUUUGCUAACAUCCAAAUUACUUGUUUGCUACUGAGUGAACCAGUCAUGUAUCAACUGCAGCAGCAUUGGGUUCCAUCAAUACAACGUACAGGUGGAAGAGAACUUGUUUUUAGUGUAAGGAGUGAGAGAAAAACCCUCACGCUAGCUGAGCGUUCUGCUGGUAAUGUCACGGGUGCAGCCACGUGCAGUGAUACCUGCACAAACUGCCUGCUUACCAUGUGUGGAGGUUACGCUGAGUGUUGCCUCGCUGGGCUGUGAUGUAUUCAGUCUGCCCAGAAGGACUUAUGUUCUGGGCCAGGUGUGCAGAGUGGGACAUCAGCUUGUCCUUUCAAACUGUGCUCCAAAUAUGUGCUUUUUGUAUAUUUUAGCAGGGCACGCAGAAGCUGUAUCACACUACUGCCAUAUUCUGCAUGCUCCCAGUGCCGGGAGGGGCAGACCCCUGGCGCAGUUAUCACUGGCUGUAAGGAGAAACACAAAGCAUUGUUUGUUGAGUCUCCUCUGUUAUUAUUCUAAGUCAGUGUUUACGCAGUGGAACAGCCCCACUUCUUUAUUAGAUUCCAAUUAGAGUCUCUUCAUUUUUUUUUUUUCAUUUUCUUUUGAGGGAGGUUAUCACCUGAUCUGUAACAACUUGAAGUAAUCAGUUUUUUAAUAGAGUUCAUAUGGCCAACCUGCUGCAGAGCCACAUGCCAAUUCCCUGAGCUGUCCUCGUGGGAGAAGCAGAGAAAACAACAAAAGAAAACCAAGCUCAGCUUUGCAAGAAAAGUGUAUGGUAAAUGACAAUUUAGCUGAGCAUCAGCGAUUCCUAGAUGUGUGUAAGAUGAUUAAGCCACGGAGUGCAAUGGAGUGUUUUCUGCCAGGGAACUUAGCAUCCACCAACACAGCCUCAUUUUUCAGAAAAGAUGUGUAUUUCUUUUUCAGUUCACACAUCCCAAUGACAAAUGGUAGUUUGAGAUACGACUCGAUUAGAGGAGAUGGCAGUAUAAGUCUCUUUAAUACUUUACUGAGGUCUUUUUCUCAAAGGAGUAUUUUGCAUUACAGUCAGGAUUUAUGGGUUAAGUAUAUGUUUUUGAAGCUAAAUUAUUAGAGGGAAGUACUACUGUUAAAGAGUUUUAAGAGGCUUUGAAUAUGUUUUACAUAGAAAUUGCCGUAGAAUGAGCUUUGUUACAUCUACAUCACAAAUAUUUUUUUUGUUGCAAUGUGGAGUAAACUUAUUUUUCUGUAUUGUAGAUGUUAUCCAUUCAUUGUUAAUGGUGCGGGGAGCAAAGAUGGCAUUUCUAAGGUGCGUGUUAGCUGAUACCUGACACUUACUGCCAUCGUGAAACACCCCUCCAGUGCACACUGUUACUGAUUUGCCUUAAUUGGAGGUCAUACUUAUCGAAAAGAACCUGUAAAUAUAGUUAAUGAUGAGGUAAGGAUGCAUUUGAAGCUUCAGUUUAAAUCGUUCUGUAUUUAUACAAAUGUAGAGUGCCAUCAGAAACUCUGCUGGAUUUGCAUGAAGUGGUUAAAGGCAGCGUGCUCGCUUUGGGGGCAGUGCAUUCCUGCAGCUGGAACCCCCUGAUGAAGCCCUCAGCUGGAGGCUGGGAGGCAUCAUGCAGCAGUAGGGGGACAGACAUACGGGUAGGCUGGUCUGUGUGCAUUUCUGUAUGUCAGUUGGGUACGGGCUGUCAUUACACUCAGUCUUCGCCUCCUGUAGUCUUCGUGCUGUGCCAGAUGAGCAGCCUGCUGUCAGCUCCUGAUAGGAUGGGUGCACCCACCCUGUGCUGUGGUCCUGCCAAGCACGAGGUGGGGGUGGGUGUGAGGCUGGCAUCUCCUUCCUUGGGCCAACUGACACGAGGCUGCACUCCUGGUGGGUGGCUGCAGGGGAAAAGUGGGGGUGAGUGCAUUUCUUCUGCUGUCAGCAUGGUUCUCCCUGCACAUAGAGAUUGCUUGUGGACUUUGGUGCCCUCAGUGCCUUGACUGAAAAAUGGGUGCCUUUCAAUUGAAUGUAACUUGUUGAAAAGUCUGGAAGCCACUGAUCUUUCUGGGAGUCUGCUUAGCCCAGGCAGUUGCAUUCUUUGAAGCCUAGAAGUCAGAAGUUCUAUCAUUAUUUCACUGAAGACGUUAUUUCACAGUAUAAAGAAGAACUGUGAGCGCAGCGAGUUGCUGAUUCUUAGGAAAGUGGCAGUGGUGAGCCAGAGCUUUUUCCAGAGGUGUUUGCAGCUGCUGAGGUCUUUCCAGUGGUUCCUCUUCUGUGGGGGAGCUAAAAGCAGGGAGGAAUUAAUGUGCAAAAACCUUUCUUCAAAACAUUUCUUAACGAGCACGGCACAUUCCUGUGAUAUCUGUGACAGCAAUCAUUAACUCAUGUUUCCAGCAACUCACGUUGCUGCGAACAACUUUCUGAGCGGGGCAGACUCCUUCUGGCAUGAGUUUGGCUUCGUGCCUGUGCUGAUCAGCCUGUACUUAAGGAUAGCCCAUACCAGGUACUGAGAUGUGCACAACAGUUUUCAUGCAGUUGCGAUCUGAUUCUGCUCUGAUGGCCACAAGUUUUGUUUCACCGUGCUUUUGUCUUCCUUGAGUCACUGCUAUCAGUGCAGCAGCUGUGUGGAGGUGGGAAGCCUGCUGAGAGCAGCUGGCCUUGGGGUCUGGAGCUGUGACAUUCAGUGUGCAGGCUCAUUGCAGAGUGGAGGUUGGGCAAAAAGGGCUGCUGCUGUAAUCAUGGGGAAAGGCCAGGGCCUGGAGGAGGCUGUGUGCUGGUAUUUCUGCUUUCCAUGUGUUGCCCAAACAGGAGUAUGCCUCGUGCAGUUUGUCUCUGGGAUCAGUUUUGUUGCAACUCUAUAAUGAAGGCUAGGGGAGCUCACUGUGCUGUAAGACAGUCUUCCAACAAGUUCAAUUGGAGCCACAUAUCAGUAAACAUCAAACCAAGUUAUUAAUAUCCCGUCUUCAGAUGCUUCUGUGACUUACUACAUCACAAGACUGCAUGUGUGCUCUUCUUCAUGAAAGCCCAUCAAAAACUCAUUAAAAAGCAGUAUGUGUUUGCUGUACUUUCAGGUUAGAAGAUCAGUGGAGCUUCUUCCUUUUCAAGCAGCUUUGUGUGUAAUGAAACAUUCUGCACAUCAGCAGAGACCCCUGGCUCCAGGUAGUGUUCAGCACUGCUGGUGCUGUGGCCUCUGCUGGGCCAUGAGGCUGACUGUCAGUGAAAUGAUUCAUUAAUGCAGAGGAGAACAAGCCAGCUCACCUGCAACUGCUCUCGGCCUUGUGCAGCUAAGAGGCAUUAAAAUAAAUAAUUUAUACCUAGAAAAUGUUAUAGGAAAUGCAUGAUUUUCAACAGAGCUGUUGGGUUUGAAGGUGAAGUUUUUGCUCAAGCACUUUUCAGAGUAGAAUUUAGUGUUGUUUACUGGGAGUUCCUCAGACACUUGACCCUAGGGCAGUCCUAAGGUCCUACGGUUUUCCUACAGAAAACCCUUUGGGAAAGCACAAAUUCCAAUGGAAAAUCCCAGACAUUUCCUUGGGCAGUUUCCCAUUGGGAUUAGUGGUUUUCAAUCUCCUUGAGGUGAUUCAAAAGCCUAUCUUCAUCCAAGCGAUGUCCUAGCUUCUAUAUGUUCUUUGUUUGGAAGCACGUCCCCUUUGGGUUAGUUUGUGCAGAGCCAUAUUUGCUGCUGUUGUGGAGUGUUGAGGAUAGUAAGGGAGGAGGAAUUACUGGUGUACACUGCAAACAGCAUGCAUGCCUGAAGCAGUGCUAAAUUCCAAGGGGAUUUCCUCCACCAGUCUGAAAAGGGCUGUGGCUUCCCAACACUGUGCUCUCACUCCCUGGGAAAAAAAAUAUAUAUAUGUGAAAAUACAUAGGCUUGAAAAUUGGGGGGCAGGAUCACAAGCAGACAGUUUGUGAUGGAAAGCCAGAGGUUCAUGUGAUACAUCUUCAGCAGUAUGGGAAGAACCCAGCAUACUUGUGACUGGAACUUGUCCUUAAACCUAUGACCAGAACUACAGUAUAGUGGGACACCACAUUACUUCAUUGCCCAGGCUGUGAGGCCACCAGAGAUAUCAUUUUCUGAGCAAGGCUUCAUUUGAUGAGGCUUUUAAAAUCUGUACUGGGAGACGGGAAGGAGGAUGACAGUAGUCAGUGAUUGGUAAGAAAUGCUCCUCUAAUAUUAAACUUUAGGUGCAGAAGAACAGAGGAAGUUGUUUUUUCCACUAUCAGAGAGGGAAGCAAUACCAGUUAAGCCAAGGCCUGCAGCAGGAACACUUACUGGAAAUGUUUACAUGUUACUUAAUGCCUUGACAUGCAUUAUUCAGCUUGUGCAAUGUCAGCCAGGGUGGAGCAGGGAGGAAUGGCUUUGCAGAAGAAUGUUUGCUCCCCGUGGAAUAUCUUCUCGAGCAUAACUACCUUUUUUUGGCAAAGAGAUGCAUUCCAGGAAUAAAAAUAAAAAGCUCUUCUGACACAUUUCUGUGAACUACUGGAAUGUGCUCCCUUGUGAAGGUGACCUAACCUUAUCCAGAAGGCUAUAGCCCGUCCCCAGGCAGUGAUAUCCCAUCGGUAUGGCCUCACUGUAGAGUAGAAUAUCCAAAAAAAGCCCUCAGCGAUCCCCUUCCAAGCAGCAUGGCUACUCAGUAAAUGGUGGAGCUACUUAAAUGGAUGUGGUUUUCUUCUUGGAAAUGAAAGCCCAUCUUCCCAAUCAGAGGCUUAUACAGCAAGUGCCCUCCUGAGAAAGCCGCUUCAGCGCGUGCUUCCGUCUCCUGAUGUGCCUAAAGGACUUCCUGAGCUGCGGCCAAAUGGGCUGUGCUGACAAAAAGGCGAGGAUGGUUUUCUGCUCAUGUUAGCAGGAGGAGGGGGUAGGAAAGAGAAACGGAUUGGGAAGCACGAAGUUAGGCCAGCACCUCUCUGCUUGCCUCUGUGUUUACUUGGCAUCCAAACAGACAGAAGUUUCGUGAUUCACCUGCCGUCUGAUUUGUUUCACUGACAAAGCUAUGAUAAAUAGAGAAUUGGCAUGAUUUGCAUAGUUGUUUAAUCUGACAGGGUAUGACUCAUAGCAGUGAAGCUUUCAGACUUGUUGUGAUAGAUUGCCAGACAGAGUGGGUGAAAGAGGCGCGUACUUCGAUUUGGUUCACCAGCAGCUGGAAUCGUGGUUGUAAAGGGAUUUAACACAGGCACGGAGUCUGGGAACAUUGAGGCAGGCUUCAUUUGUACGUUUAAGAAGUUACAAUAAUAUACUCACGCUGCAACGAGUUUUCUUUUUUAUGGCAUCUAGCCAGAUUUGGUGACAUCGGCUGUUCAGGACUGACGUACGUAGCAGAAAGAAACUGUCUGAAAUGUCAUUCCAAGAACUAAGAGGAGUCUGCCUGAGUCAGGCUGCCUGGGCUGUCCGGCAACCAAAGCUUGCAUGGAGUGCUGCUGCAAACUACGUGCUGGAACUGAGGAGUAUUCCCAGAAUCUCUUUGGCAUUGUUUGUGCAGUGCACAUUAAUCACGCUGUGCGGGCACUGUUCUGAAAUGCAUCAGAUGCGGUUUUUACUGAGGGCAGGGCUCAUGGCUUGUGAUCACGAGAAGCUGCAUUAACAGAACUGUGAGAUGAAAGUGUUUGUUGCAGCAGUGCUGUGUGUGCCAGUUUCUCACUGGUUUCAGAGGAUGUCUUCGUAACUCUUUGCACUGAUCCUACUGUUAGAGAACAGGUCUAUAACAAAACAAACAUUGAUCUGAAUAGAUGCUCGUAAAUUAGGGUUAGAGAGCUUCGUGGAUGUUUGGGACAUCGUUAAUAAGAAAUCCAUAGAUACUGUUUGAAUGCCUACCUGGUAGUUACAUGUAUUCUGAUAGCACUUUUAAUACCACUUAUGAGUUUCUAUCUUUAAAAUGGUAACAUAUUCACAAGUGGGAAGAAGCACACAUCUGAGAUUUUAAAUAGAGGCCUAAAAUAAGUCUAUACGAGGAACGGAUGUUUUCAGAGGAAUGACAUUGCAUGUGAUAGUUGUCACACAGCUGUACUGGCUUUCUAGUAGUGUGUAAUCAUCAAUGGAAUGGAAGUGGUCCUGUUUUUCUGUGGGUUACCAAACUGUUAAUGCGGUCCCUGUGCUCUCUGUGAGCAGUAAUACAACACAUUUGCAUUCAUUUCUUUCUUUGAUUUAUGCCUGGCAUAUAACUUCUGGGAGAUAAAGGAAGAUCUGUUUCUGAGCAAGUUUUUCACCAUCUGCGAAUGGCACAUGACCAAAUUCAGAAGUGAUGUUCAGUGUGGGCCGCAGGUCAGUAAAUGGCUUUGACUCAAAGGGCAGCCACGUUGGUGUCAUGUCAGGGCUGAAGACUGUUCUCUCUUAUGACAGUUAUACACAAAAUGAAGUUUUGUUAACCCUGACUUACAGCACUGACGUAAGUGACUGGACAACGAGCUUCUCUACGCAGGCUUGACAGAACAGCAGUUCAAAGACUUCUGCAAGGCUGAAUUGAGAAAUAGGUGCACCUUUGUACAUUCCAUUGCCAUCCACAGUCAUUAAAAAGUGUGAUACGCUCAGCAGUACUCCUGAUCACUAUUACUCUAUUUCUUUUCACAGUUGUAACAUCUGUUAUCAGAACAGCCUUAACAAAAAGGCCAGCCAGAAAAUAAAUAAGUGAAGGGAGGAGGAAGAUAAGUUUCUUUAAACCAUUUCUGUUCCAGUUCCCAUAAUUAAUUUCUUCCCUAGUUUUUGCCUCUGGCUGGGAACAGUAAUAUACCAUUAACCCGAGAGAUGUGAAACAUGCUGUGCAGUGCUUGGAAGGGUGUCAGAAGCUCCUCCUGUAAGGGAAGAAAGGAAGUCAGACGGGGUCACUGCAGUGCUGCGGCACGGAGCUGCAGGAUGAAGCCCCAACACCGCACGGGCAGCGCCGGGCAGCUGUGAGAGCACCAGGACAGACAUGGAGGGGAGCCAUUAACUGAUCCAGGCUGCAGGCACACGGCAGAGGUGCCAGCACACGGUCGCAUUUGGAUCAUCUUGUAGAACCUUUGGAGAAAACAGGAUUAAUAGUAAGAAAACAAUGGUUAACAGAAGUAACUUCAGUAUACAGUUGGACUGAAACAGGAACAGAUUCUUUGAAGCCAUGUGGUUAUGAUAUUGUUGAGAUUCCAUAAUGCCUCCUGCCGUGACAGACAGCCUUGACAUCUGGGCAGUGGAUUCACAGAUCGGUGCUGAUGGCUCAAUAUCCGUGGACUUCCUAUUGCCCACUGGAAUCUACAUCAACUUGGAUGUCCCUCGAGAUGCCACUAUAUCUCAUAUUAAGCAGCUGUUAUGGAAGCAGGCACACACCUAUCCACUCUUCCAUCUCCUCAUGGAGAUUGACUCUUACAUGUUCUCGUGUGUGAAUCAGACGGCCGUACAUGAAGAAUUAGAAGAUGAAACACGGAGACUUUGUGACGUCAGACCCUUUCUUCCUGUCCUUAAACUAGUGACAAGGAAUUGUGAUCCAGGAGAAAAGUUGGACUCCAAAAUAGGUGUUCUUAUAGGCAAAGGUCUCCAUGAGUUUGAUGCCUUACAAGAUCCUGAAGUGAAUGACUUUCGAGCUAAAAUGCGGAGAAUCAGUGAGGAGAAGAUUCAGUCGCUUGUGGGUCUUUCCUGGAUGGACUGGUUAAAGCACACUUACCCACCAGAACAGGAACCCGUUGUCCCAGAGAACUUCCAAGAUAAGCUUUAUAGUGGAAAUCUUGUAGUGGCUAUUCAUUUUGAUAACUGCCAGGAUGUAUUUAGUUUUCAAGUGUCUCCUAACAUGAAUCCCAUCAAGUUGAAUGAACUGGCAAUCCGAAAACGUUUGACUAUCCAUGGAAAAGAAGAUGAGGAAAUUGAUCCUGCUGACUAUGUGCUGCAAGUUAGUGGGAGGCUAGAAUAUGUUUUUGGUGAUCAUCCGUUAAUUCAGUUUCAGUAUAUACACAACUGUGUGAUGAACAGGACUCUUCCUCAGCUGACUCUAGUUGAGUGUUGCACCAUAAAGAAAAUGUGUGAGCAGGAAAUGAUCGCCAUAGAAGUUGCCAUAAACCGAAAAUCAUCCAAUCUUCCUCUUCCUCUGCCACCAAAAAAAACAAGAGCAACGACUAGUGUAUGGGACAUUUGCAGCCCUUUCAAGAUUGUUCUAUUGAAGGGUAAUAAGCUAAAUACAGAAGAAAAUGCCAAAGUUCAUGUUAGGGCUGGUAUUUUCCACGGUACGGAGCUCCUUUGUAAAACUAUUGUAAGCACAGAAAUAUCUGGGAGAAGUGACCAUGCUUGGAAUGAAGUACUGGAGUUUGAAAUAAAUGUCUGUGAUCUACCAAGAAUGGCAAGACUCUGCUUUGCAGUUUAUGCUGUGAUGGAUAAGAUGAAAACUAAAAAGUCAACUAAGUCAAUGAAUCCCUCCAAGUACCAAACCAUUAGAAAAGCAGGAAAAGUGCACUACCCUGUAGCCUGGGUAAAUACCAUGGUAUUUGAUUACAAAGGACAGCUGAAGAAUGGAGAAUUCGUACUGCACAGCUGGUCAUCAUUUCCAGAUGAGCUUGAAGAAAUGUUAAACCCAAUGGGAACUGUCCAGACUAACCCUUACACUGAAAAUGCAACAGCUUUGCACAUUAGAUUUCAAGAAUAUUCAAAACAGCCUAUUAAUUACCCUCCCUUUGAUAAGAUACUUGAAAAGGCAGCUGAGAUUGCAAGAAGCAGUGACAACGCUGCCAUGGCGGGUCGAGGUGGUAAAAAAUUUUAUAUUGUGCUAAAAGAAAUAAUGGAAAGAGAUCCUUUGUCUCAGCUCUGUGAAAAUGAAAUGGAUCUCAUCUGGACUUUGCGAUAUGACUGUCGUGAAAAUUUUCCACAAUCGUUGCCAAAGCUGCUGCUCUCCUUAAAAUGGAACAAACUUGAAGAUGUUGCUCAGCUUCAAGCUCUCCUUCAGAUAUGGCCCAAGCUGCUGCCUAGAGAAGCUUUAGAAUUGUUGGAUUUCAAUUACCCAGACCAGUAUGUGAGAGAAUAUGCAGUGGGUUGUUUAAAGCAAAUGAGUGAUGAAGAGCUUUCUCAGUAUCUUCUUCAACUUGUGCAAGUCCUGAAAUACGAACCUUUUCUUGACUGUGCUCUGUCCAGAUUUCUACUAGAGAGAGCACUUGCUAAUAGAAGAAUAGGACAGAUGUUGUUCUGGCAUCUGAGGUCAGAGGUUCACAUACCUGCUGUUUCAGUACAGUUUGGUUUGAUACUUGAAGCUUACUGCCGAGGAAGUGUUGCUCACAUGAAGGUGCUUGCUAAACAGGUGGAAGCUCUUAAUAAAAUGAAGACUUUAAACAGCCUAAUUAAGCUGAAUGCCAUGAAACAAAGCAAAGCAAAAGGAAAAGAUGCAAUGCACACAUGUUUGAAACAAAAUGCUUACAGAGAAGCACUCUCUGACCUCCAGUCUCCUCUGAAUCCUUCUGUUAUACUUUCAGAACUGCAUGUUGAGAAGUGUAAGUACAUGGAUUCUAAAAUGAAACCUCUAUGGAUAGUAUACAACAACAAGAUGUUUGGAGGAGAUCUUGUAGGGAUCAUCUUUAAAAAUGGUGAUGAUCUCCGACAGGACAUGUUGACACUCCAGAUUUUACGUUUGAUGGACGUACUUUGGAAAGAAGCUGGCCUGGAUCUCCGGAUAUUGCCAUACGGCUGUUUAGCAACUGGAGAUCAUUCUGGCCUUAUUGAGGCUGUUUCCAGUUCAGAAACCAUUGCUGACAUUCAGUUAAAUAGUAGCAAUGUUGCCGCUGCUGCUGCCUUCAACAAAGAUGCUCUCUUAAACUGGCUGAAGGAAUACAAUUUAGGAGAUGACUUGGACCGAGCCAUUGAAGAAUUCACUCUGUCUUGUGCUGGCUACUGUGUAGCUACUUACGUGCUGGGGAUUGGCGACAGACACAGUGACAAUAUUAUGGUCCGAAAAAACGGUCAGCUCUUUCAUAUAGACUUUGGGCAUAUUCUUGGAAACUUCAAGUCCAAGUUUGGAAUUAAAAGGGAAAGGGUACCUUUCAUACUUACCUAUGAUUUCAUUCAUGUUAUUCAACAAGGAAAAACAGGGAACACCGAAAAAUUUGGUCGGUUCCGCCAGUAUUGUGAAGAAGCAUACCUGAUCCUGAGAAAACAUGGAAACCUAUUUAUUACACUUUUUGCACUGAUGUUAACUGCAGGGCUUCCAGAGCUAACCUCUGUCAAGGACAUCCAGUAUCUCAAGGAUUCUCUUGCCUUGGGGAAGAGUGAGGAAGAAGCACUAAAACAAUUUAAGCAAAAGUUUGAUGAAGCACUCCGGGAAAGCUGGACUACUAAAGUGAACUGGAUGGCUCACACUGUUCGCAAGGAUUACAGAUCCUAGAAGAGUUUUGGAUUUGCACUAAGCUGAAUGUCACCUUGAUAAGUGUUUUUAAAUGGGAUCUGUAGUAUGGACCAAUAAAAUUUACUUUAAAUAAGGAAACAAGACAACAACAAAAAGAAACGGGCUGAAAUAAUUCCUGAUUCCUUUGCACUCUGCUUCUGAAUGCCUGAUCCCAAGGCUGUCUCCACAAACAGUGACCAACCUGGAUAAUCAGUUCCUGCUGACUUUGCACGCUGAGAGCUACUAGGCAUUUUUAAAUAUCCUUUGGUACUUUAUGGAGGUGUAAAUAUUUGUUUUAUGCGUUAGGGUAAUGUACUCUAACCUGCUCAGGAGGUUUGAAGACCUCUGAAAGAACUGUUUUUUGUUUUAAAAUUGGGACUUGAAGAGUAAAAUUCUCUUUAUUCUAAUCUAGCUAAAAAUGACCAUGUGUAUAUUUUUCAUAUGAAUUCUGCCAUACUGGCACAGAUGCAUUAAUUCUACUGUAAAUAGCGUCCACAGUAUCACUGUACUACAGGGAGCUGCUUAAUGUCUUAUACUGCUGCCAAAAGAAGAGUACCAGGUAUGUGUAAGGUUUCUUGCGGUGAUGAGGGAGGCAGAGACCUCUGAAAUGUUGCAGCAUCCGGAUAGUCAUGGUUGCACGGUUUUGUUGUUCUGAUAUAGGACACACAAAGAAGUCUUUCAGAAAGAGGAAAGGCUAAUUUCAAAAAUGUCUGAACCCCCCCCUUGAUAACAGUCUCCCAUUCAGCUCCUGGGGCUUUUCUACUCCUUAGGAGAUGCCUUUAGUUCUGCUUCAACAAGAAGCUCCUUGCAGCCCUUCAUUGAAACCCUUAUGUCAGAUGACUUCUGCCAUGCAAAUGUGCUGUCUUAUAAGCGUGGAUGGAAAAUGUUCAUACGUAUCACACACAGUGUUUUUUAGAGCAUAAAUACCAAAAGAAACCAAUUUUUUUGGAAAGUGAGUUUAUGGGAGAAGACCAUUCCGUAGAACACCAAUGAGAAGUCAUUAAUCUUUUCUGUAUUUAUUAAAAGCUUGCAGUAAUGUCGCUUUACCAAGAGAUCUGUGUUGAAGAUGUUUGCUGAAGAAACUGGAUUUGUUUUAAUUUAUUUAGUGAGGUACCAGGCCUUUAGGUGCUUAAAUGGAGAGCAAAUCUGUGACGUGCAAUAGGAACUGCUGGUUAAAAGAUGUAACAUACUGUUUCUGAACAUCAGCAAGAUAGACUUUAACUACUGCUUGUUCUCCAAAGAACACUGGUAGCUCUCAAUUCUUGUUGACAUUUGAAAGAGAAUUAAAACAUAUAUUUAAUUUUUGGCUAAAUUGUUGUUUUACAUAGAAAUGUUUUACGUAGGAAUUUAAUUAAAGGUGGUUUUACUUUGUUGAGA